AUGGAAGUUCUUCAGACAUCCCCAGAAGCAUCUAGCUUCGUCACCAUCGCCGAGCACCAGUCACGAACCCCAAGCUCCUUCCACCACGGACCACCCAUCCUCUACUACCACAGCGAGCGAUGCAAGGUCGUGAUUCUGGAGCGUGAUCUGCUUGCGACACCGGCUUUGAACGCGCUGCGCGGAGAGAGCGCUUCUACCAAUGGGACCAGCGCUGCGCACGCGGCGCAAGAAGACGAUGACGACGAGGGUCCUGAGGUUACCAUUGAAAACGUGAAUACUUGGGUGACAUCUGAGAAAUUCAUCCUGUACUCCCCCUCCGCCUCAACGGGCAUCUCAAUCCCCUACCCAUCAAUCUCCCUCCACGCCAUCCAACGCCUCCGCGUCCCCGGUGCAACAGACACCGAAGUCCAAGGUCUAUACAUGCAAAUCGCCACACCCACCGCUCCCACCUCGGAAGACGACAUAGAGCAAUGCAUCACGAUGACACUCGUCCCGCCAGAACUUACCCCCGAGCAAAGCGCCGCACGCGAACAAAACGACGAGCCUGCCGAAACCCCCACGCAAACGCUAUACAACGCCGUCUCUGCGUGCUCGAACCUGCACCCGGACCCCGUGGAACCGGGCGAUGAGGACGAGGAUGAGGAUGAGGAGUCGAAGCCUUCGUUCUUCCAGUUUGGGCAGGAGGGGAUGGGCUCGUUCGAUGGGGGUUUGCCGCCGCCUGUUGAUGGGAGUUCUGGGUGGAUUACGGCGGAUAAUAUGCAUGACUUCUUUGAUGAAGAGGGGAAUUGGAUUGGGGAGGGUGAGCCGCCUUCGUUCCCUGGGUUGGGACCCGGUGCUGGGACUGUGAGGGCGAGGGAGGAGGAGAAUGGGGAUGGGGAGGGACGGGAUGGUGAUGAGGGUGAGGGUGAUGAGACGAAAUGGCGGAGGACGGAGUAG